UCUUUGUCCCUUUUCGACUUGUUUAAUAAUUUCUUGACCAAGUCUGUUUCUUCUUCUCUAUCCUCUUUAGCCAUCAACAUCAACCAUUGCUAAUUCCUCUUCAUACAUCAUCCCUAAAUAGAUAUUCUAAUUCUUCUCCUUAAGUAGUAUGACAAGUUAAGAAGAGCCCAAGACAAACCACACCUCAGAUCAAAUCAUGGACUGGCUUGAAGAUUCAGUUUCCUUCCUUCCCUCUUUCUUAGAUGAUCCAUAUCAAUCUGCUGAGAUCAGUGGCUAUCCAUGGUGGGAUGAAAGACAAGAUAUUAUUGGCCACGAUCUACUUCAUACCAUAAACACUUCCGUUUAUAGCCCUCCCACCACUGCAACUGUAACUGCCACUGCCACUAUCAUCACCACCACCACUAGCCCUCCUGAUUCCACCAUUUCCAAUCUCCUUCCUCUUCCCAAUUCCUCAAAAAAACGAAAAACAGCUGAUGGCCCAAUUCCUAAAACGUCUCAAAACCAUCAUAAUCCGCGAAAAAACCAAGGCCGGCAGACAAACCAGGUUGAGGAUGGAGACACAGCUGUUGAAGAAGUGGUUGCAGUAAGGAAAACAGUUGGGAACAAGAGGAAUUCAGGUAAGGGUGCGGGAAAUAAUAACUGUAAUAACAAGGAAGGUAGAUGGGCAGAGCAGCUGCUCAAUCCUUGUGCCACUGCAAUCACUGAAGGAAAUUGCAUGCGCGUACAACACCUUCUUUAUGUUCUACACGAGCUUGCUUCUCUCACAGGAGAUGCCAACCAUAGGCUCGCGUUUCACGGCCUGCGGGCACUGACUCACCACUUAUCCUCCUCCCCUUCUGUCUCAGCCCCGGCGGCGGGGUGUGUUACCUUCUCUACAGCAGAACCGCGAUUCUUUCAGAAAUCUCUGAUCAAAUUUUCAGAGGUUAGUCCUUGGUUUGCCUUCCCUAACAACAUUACAAACUCUUGUAUCCUCCAACUUCUCAAUGAGGAAAAUGAUCGAACACGUAGUCUGCACAUUCUUGAUAUUGGGGUUUCACAUGGGAUUCAAUGGCCAAUACUUCUGGAAGCCUUGUCCCGAAGAUUAGGUGGUCCUCCUCCGCUUGUUCGCAUUACAAUAAUCGCCGGCACUGACCAAAAUAACGACACGGCAUUCUCAAAAGGUCCACCAGGUGACAAUUUCUCAACUCGGCUUCUCAUUUAUGCAAAAUCCAUCAACAUAAAUUUAGAGAUCAACCGAUUGGACAAUCAACCAUUACAGAAUCUAAAUGCCCAGAUCAUAAACUCCUCAGAGGACGAGACUCUAAUCAUCUGUGCCCAAUUCAGACUCCACCACCUAAACCACAACACCCCAAAUGAGAGAACAGAGUUUUUGAAAACAUUAAGAAAAAUGGAGCCCAAAGGUAUUAUACUAAGCGAGAACAACACGGAAUGUAGCUGCAGUAACUGCGGAAACUUCGCCUGCGGGUUUUCUCGGAAAGUGGAGUACUUAUGGCGGUUUCUGGAGUCGACCAGCAGCGCAUUCAAAGGGCGAGAGAGCGAGGAGAGAAGAUUAAUGGAAGGAGAAGCUGCGAAGGGUUUGACAAACAGGGGUGAGAUGAAUGAAGGGAAAGAGAAAUGGUGUGAGAGAAUGAGAGGAGCGGGGUUUAUGGGAGAGAGUUUUGGAGAGGAAGCCAUUGAUGGAGGUAGAGCUCUUCUGAGAAAGUACGACAGUAAUUGGGAAAUGAGAGUGGAAGAGAAAGAUGGGUUUGUGGGGUUAUGGUGGAAAGGUCAGCCAGUUUCGUUUUGUUCGUUGUGGAAGUUAAACCACCAACCAACUCCCACUUAGUUAAAUUUUUUCUUUUCUUAUAGAUAAGUUUUCGUUUCGUGUUAAAUUUAUGUGUUUUAGGCACUAUUUCCUGAUCAAUCUAUAUUUCUCCUAUUGAUUUGUUAA